ACAGGUUACAGCAAAUCCUGGUCCAAUCUUUGAACUUUGAAGACGACCUUUUCUCACCUUACCAAAUACCAACUAUAUUUCUUAAUUUUUCUCUAUGCCUUCCUCUUCUUCUCUCUUCCUACUUCCACUCUCCAGUUCAGCAAACCGCGGCUGAGAUGUAAGACUUGUACCCACCAAACAGAGAUUCCUAAAAUUACUAAAAUUCCAUCAAACAUCCCCGAAAAUGGUGUUCAAAGGCAGAUUUUUCUCCUCAAAAAAAUCAUCAGAUUCCUCUUCUAGCCCUGAUGGAUCCAAUAGCCCUCGUCGUUUAAACUCUCCUAGUAGAUCCGACAAGAAGAAGGGAAGAUCACAUCACAAAGAUGCUCAUAACAACACUUCUCUCACUCCAACAACACCAACAACACCAACUUCAAAACUAGCCAAAGAUUUAAUCAACAACACCAACAACAAUACUAGUACUAGUACUACUCCCACUACUAAUUUUGUUCAUAAGAAGAAGAAAGAUGGGAAGGGUAAGGAGGUCCAAAUUGAGCCCACUGCAAAACCCAAUUCAGGAUCGCCGUCAGCUUCGGUGUCACCGAUCCUUGCAUCGUCGUUGGGUUUGAACAAGAUUAAGACGAGAUCCGGGCCAUUACCGCAGGAGAGCUUCUUUGGGUUUCGGCCCGAAAAGGGAGGUUUGGUCCUUGGCUCCAGCAAUCUUUCCAGACCCAGUGUGCCCCUUGCUAGUGAUGCCACUGCCAAGGGUUCUGGGAAGAAGGACAUGACUUUCUUGGAAAAUGUUGCUGAUACUGGAAGUAAUUCCGAUACCUUGUCCACUGAGAGUGGUCCGUCCACGACUCCGACUUCCAGUUUGUCCAAUGCAGGCCAGUUGCCGCCGUCUAGGCUGUCGUCUGGAGGAGGGAACUUAAAUUCAUCUUGGGAGCAGCCCGGAGACACAAGAAGUCCAGAUAUUUGUACUCCUGAGGAGCAGAUGGCAUAUGAUUGUGAAACUCCAAAGGAGUCUGAAUCUCCUCGUUUUCAAGCUAUUCUUCGUGUUACAAGUGGGCCAAGGAAAAGAAUUCCGGCAGAUAUAAAGAGCUUUUCUCAUGAAUUAAAUUCUAAAGGAGUACGACCUUUUCCAUUUUGGAAACCUCGUGGUUUAAAUAAUCUGGAGGAGGUUUUGGUAAUGAUACGUGGAAGGUUUGAGAAAGCCAAGGAAGAAGUAGACUCUGAUCUAGCAAUUUUUGCAGCAGAUCUAGUUGGUCAUUUGGAAAAGAAUGCAGAAAAUCAUCCUGGAUGGCAGGAAACUAUUGAGGACUUGUUGAUCCUCGCUCGGAGUUGUGCUAUGACAUCACCAAACGAGUUCUGGCUCCAGUGUGAAAGCAUAGUUCAGGAAUUGGAUGAUAGGCGUCAGGAGUUGCCUCCAGGUAAGCUGAAGCAGCUUCAUACGCGUAUGCUUUUCAUACUCACGCGAUGUACCAGGUUGCUGCAAUUUCACAAAGAAAGUGGAUUUGCGGAGGAUAGACAUGCACUUCACCUACGUCAAUCAGCAGUCCUGCAGUCUGGCGAAAAGAGGAUUCCUCCUGGAAAAGAUAGGGAUAGGAAAAGUUCUGUUUCUGGAAAGAUUUCAAGGGGGUCAUCAGCUCAAAAAUUCUUUAGUCAAGAGCAACGUGGUCACAGUUUACAUACUUCAGAUAUCUUCUCUUCUGCUGCUGAAACCACAAAAAGAACUGAAUCUCCCUCUGGGAGGGAGCGGAUUGCUUCUUGGAAAAAACUCCCAUAUCCUGGUGUCAAAAGAACAGAAGCUUCCCUCGGAAUAGAUCAGAGUGACAAUAAGUUGGAAAAUUUAACAAUAUCUAAUAAAACGGAAAUCCUAGAUGAAGAUCCAUCUAGUAUUAAGGGAUCAGAAGUCCCUCCUUCAAAAGAUACAGUUGGACAAGCUUGUGCUACUUCUAAGCACCAGCAGAAAAAUUCCUGGGGUUACUGGGGAGAUCAGCCGAGUGUGACAGAUGAGAGUUCCAUAAUUUGCCGAAUAUGUGAGGAAGAGGUUCCAACUUUACAUGUGGAAGAUCAUUCAAGAAUAUGUGCCAUUGCUGAUCGAUGUGAUCAAAAGGGCUUGAGUGUCAACGAACGUCUUUUGAGGAUUGCUGAUACAUUAGAAAAAAUGACGGAAUGUCCUGCCCAGAAGGAUUUUCAACCUGCAGUUGGAAGCCCUGAUGCUGCAAAAGUAUCAAAUUCAAGUGUUACUGAAGAGUCUGAUGUUUUUUCCCCAAAACUUAGUGAUUGGUCUCGCAGAGGAUCAGAAGACAUGCUAGACUCUUUUCCCGAUGCUGAUAAUUCUGUAUUUAUGGACGAUUUGAAAGGUUUAUCAUCUAUGUCUUGUAAGACCCGUUUUGGCCCAAAAUCUGAUCAAGGAAUGACAACAUCAUCUGCUGGUAGCAUGACUCCUAGGUCUCCUUUAUUGACACCAAGAUCCAGUCAAAUAGACUUGCUUCUCUCUGGUAAAGGUGGUUAUUCAGAGCACGAAGAUCACCCGCAGAUGGCUGAACUUGCAGACAUUGCCAAAUGUUCAGCAAAUGCCCUGUCUGAAGAUGAUCGUUCAAUGAACUAUUUGCUCACGUGUCUCGAAGAUUUAAGCUUUGUCAUUGGCCGUCGGAAAUUUGAUGCGCUUACUGUAGAGACCUUUGGAGCACGAAUUGAAAAGCUGAUCCGGGAAAAAUAUCUACAACUUGUUGAGUUGGUUGAUAAUGAGAAGAUUGAUCUUGCGAGUACUGUAAUAGAUGAAGAUGCUCCUUUGGAAGAUGAUGUUGUACGUAGCUUAAGAACCAGCCCUAUUCAUUCUGCCAAAGACCGCACGUCCAUUGAUGACUUUGAAAUAAUUAAACCUAUAAGUCGUGGCGCAUUUGGUAGGGUUUUCUUGGCUAAGAAGCGAACAACUGGAGAUCUUUUUGCCAUAAAGGUUUUAAAAAAGGCAGAUAUGAUCCGCAAGAAUGCUGUGGAGAGUAUUUUAGCAGAACGCAAUAUUUUAAUUUCUGUCCGCAAUCCUUUUGUGGUUCGGUUCUUCUAUUCCUUUACCUGUCGUGAAAACUUGUAUUUGGUUAUGGAAUAUCUAAAUGGGGGAGAUCUAUAUUCACUGUUGAGGAGCUUAGGCUGCUUAGAUGAAGGUGUCGCGCGUGUCUAUUUAGCAGAAGUUGUGCUUGCUUUGGAAUAUUUGCACUCUCUCCAUGUCGUUCAUCGUGAUCUAAAGCCAGACAAUUUAUUGAUUGCCCAUGAUGGUCACAUUAAGCUGACAGACUUUGGGCUAUCAAAAGUUGGUCUCAUCAACAGCACCGAUGAUUUGUCUGGCCCGGCAGUUAGUGAGACAUCCCUCUUUGAAGAUGACGAACCCCAAUUAUCUGCUUUAGAGAAGCAACAAGAAACGAGGAAGAAACGUUCUGCAGUUGGAACACCUGACUAUUUGGCACCUGAGAUACUUUUGGGAACAGGACAUGGAGCUAGUGCUGAUUGGUGGUCUGUUGGGGUUAUUUUAUUCGAACUUAUUGUUGGGAUCCCUCCCUUCAAUGCUGAACAUCCACAGUGACAUACAACAGUGGUUCGAACAGGAACACCGACGACGAUCUUCUUCAGCUGGCAGGAAGUGAAGGAACAGGUGAUGCAUCAUUUGCACUCAACGCCAUCUAUCGGCUGCUGUGGUAUGCAGUAAUUUGGCGAGAUUAUGCACAUAAUUGCAGCAAGCUCUCCGAAUCCUUUCCAUGUAACUAGUUCUUCCAUCUUUAGUAGUGAAGAAGUGACGUACCAGAGCCACAAGGAGAUAAUGGCACCAUUAGGUCUAGCUAACUCUUUUGGUGGUUAUGGUGUUUCUAACCACCACUCGUUGGCCGUGAACCUUAAUGGUGGAUCUCAUGUUGGAAAAGAAAGAGGUGGUAAAAACAUCCACCAAUGACUUUGUCAGAGUGGAAAAGAAAUCGUAGCGGAAGAAGAGCAUAAGAGAAGUGGAUUCAGGAAAGGUGCAUUAGCCGGGGGUCUAGGUGGUCACUUAGGAGGAUAAAUUGGUGGAUGCCAAAACAUUGUCGCCCACAACCACAAUGGUGGAGAAUUUUUCUAGGAUGGUGGUGGCAGAGGACGCGAAUCUAGUGGACGUCCUAGUGCUUUCGGAGGAGGAUUUACUGGUGGAGGUGAAGGAGUUUUAGUUGGUGGAUUGAGUGUUUGGGAUGAUGCUUUUGGUUGGGUGAAAAGAAGAAGAGAAGGAAGAAAUGACAAAGAAACAUUCGUGCGUUGGUUGCUGGGGUGAUUUUUUCGGGUGUGUUCGUUGGAGCUUUUGCUAGUUCAGGUGGUGGACUUAGUGGUAUUCUCAGUUUAGUUGCACGUUGUUGCAAUAAAGACGGGUCUAAUCUUGGAAUCGACUAUUUAGCACGAGAGAUGGCCGAGAGACAACGUAAAUUUUUGGUGGUGUUAUCGGCGGUGGUCUAGUCAGUUUUGUUGGAGGAACGAGAAGAUCUUACAACCUCAAAUUUGAACCAACAAGAGGAGAAUUAGAGCGAGGUGAUUGUGGAAAUAGUGGAUCUGUUGGUGGUCUUGCUUUUUUCGCUGGAGGUAAGCUUGGUGGUGUUCUUCUUGGGUGGCGCGUCAAACACGUCCAUAUUAACGUCUAGAAAAAGCUACUAAGGGUAGAUUGGUGAAAAGAGAAGGAAAAGAGAAAAAAUAGGGAAAUAACAAAUGAAGGAAGACGGCAGAAGAAGGCACGUGCAAUUAAGAAUAGAAAACCCUAGCAUGCCAAGCAAUCUAGUUUAGUUGGGUCAUGUGAAACAAGUAACCGGGCCUUUUAAAUUUGACCCCAUCAUUUCAUUUAAUGAUGAAAGCAUCAUAUAUAUGCUGAUGGACAUUCAACCCACCUAACUUUUUAUUUUUUAACCCAAGUUCUUUUCAGAUUCCCACUCCAAAUUCUCGAAAUCCACUACACCAAAGCAUCAAAACGCUCCAUGAACUCCUUGUUCCCGAACUCUUUCACCAUAAAUGUGACAUUCAAGCUAGCCAGAUAACUACCUAAGGAGGAGCUAUGACAUAAGCUAAAGCAAGUUUCUUGUUUUGUGCAUGAUGGAUUGCAUAACACAUUUUCAAUUUUGGAAAAUCCACCAAGGUUUCUUUCCAUCCUUCAGACAUUGGUACCCAUAAUUAGCAAGGAACUAACCAUUUACUAGUGGCGGGUAAGGUGAAAAGUGGGACCUCGCCCAUUGUUGCCGGCACCGAGAAGAUGAAGAUGAUACUACCCACCUUGAGGACAAGGUGAAAGUUUGGGCGGCCGAUAAUGUCAUGCAUUGGCUUUAAAGGGAUGGGUAAUAGGGUAGUACAAUGUAAUUAGGUUAGCUUGGGGAGUAAGUUAGUAUGUUACCUUUAUAAAUAUAGGGGCUUAGUGAUAUGAAAGGGUAUGAAGAAAAUAUUGAAGAAUCCAUUUUAGUUGUUAGCUUGGAGUGUGACUAAAUCACUUGAAAACUUUGCAAAUCUAUCUUAAUUUCCAUUUGAAGUAAUCAAGACAUCUUCAUCUUUUGUUCUACUCAGUUCAUUACAUAUUGUGAUGGUGAGAUUUUGAUGCUCAAUCACUUGUCAUAGUUGUGUCUAACACAACCCGACCAGGCAUGGAAUAAGAGACAUGGAAUAAGGGUCAGACGUAGCAAGAUGACAACCAACGUGGUAGAUCUACGAUUCAAUAGCAGCAGAAAACCAUAUCGAAUAGUAAGGCUCCAAAUAGUAAGGCUUAGAGAUCAUGUCGAAAGAGUAAUGCACUAAAUUGAGAUUUGAGUCAUCAUGCCCUCAUUUUACUACCUUUGUUUUUUUUUUUUCUAUUGUUGCAUUUUCCUUUUUUGGCCGUUUUUAUUUAAUUAUUACACUUUCACUUUUUCCUUAUACGGUCACCUAUCUUAUCAACUUUUUACACUUUUCUACCUUAUAUAUCCUGCUACCCAUUUGAAUAGUAUUCAAAACCUUCCCGCCUACCCGGUUCUCUCGUACAAAAUUUUAAUGCUUUUACAUUUUCCAAAACUAAAUAUUCUUUGGUUGUACUUCUUUCUUGCUUUUUGCAAAAUUUCCUUGGUCUUCCUCAAAGUGAAGUGUCAUUUUUUUCAAAUAAAAAGGGAGUCUUGUUAGGGUAAAUUAGCACUUACAUUUUGCGAAGAACACGAGAGUGUUCGGUUACCUUCACCGGUGGAAAUUGGAUUGGAUUCUUUUGGAUUUCUUUCUUCUCUCCUUCUCGUAAUCUAUGGGGGUGCUCUUUACCUCUCAAUACUACCUUCUCUCUCCACGUGAUUAAUUGUUUGUGGGGGGGGUAAAGUAGUCACAUGGAAUCUAAUUCUUUGGCUUUCUAGUUGCUCUAGAUCUUUUUAUAUUUCCCUAUGUAACGUCUUUCUCUCUCUUAAGAUAAGUUACUAGAACACCUGUUUAUCUUUGUCAAUUCAAAGUUUUUAUUUAAAACCAACAAAAGAGAGAUACAAACACCAAUUACACCAAGCUAGAGGGGGAAGCAUGAGGUUCUCCUUUUCCUCAUCUCUAGGAACCAAUUACACGAUUGAAAUACACAUAUGUGGGAGUAAGGCGAAAGUUUAUCAAAAAGUAAACGUUUUACAUAAACUAAACAACCCCUUAUCAUGAGAUUAUACAACUUCAGAACUUUUGGGGUCUUAUGUACUGCUUCGGUCCUUAAUGUUUUGAGUGAUUAUCACUUGAAGGAAAUGGGAAUAUCAACAAGACUCAUCAAUGAGGCCAUAUCCAAUGCGCUCAAAAACUAAAUUGAACUUCCUAGUGGAGUUAAUUGAGAAAGGAUUCUCAAAGGAUCAUUAAAAUGUUGUGUCGAAUACUCACUACCACAAUCAGAUUACAAUGCCCUUAUUUUUCCCCCAAGUUGGUUUUGUACUUCAUUUUGGAGUUGUUUGAACUUUUCAAAUAAUUUCGACUUGUGCCUUAUUAGGUAAAGAUAUUCAUAUCUGUGUACGUCAUCGGUAAAAGUUAUGAAGUAACUGUACCUUCCCCUAGUCAAUGUAGUCAUAGGUUCACAUACAUCUGUAUGUAUGAAGGCUAGGAGGUCAUUGACAAUUUACUAAUGGUGCGGCCGAAGUCCGUUUGAUUCAUAGUAGGGGAACUUGGAAGGCUCUUGGUUAUUUUUUUAUUCAAUAGGGGACAGUUAAUUUGAAUAAAGGGUUAGUAGUCGUUUAAAACAUGUUUAGCUACUAAUUUGAUAAACGUAUAUUAAAUGCUUGUUUUUUGUAUAUAUCAUGACUAGUAGCAACAACAACAACUUUGUCGUGAAUCUACUCUCAAUCCCCUUUAGCAGGACAAAUUAAAAAGAAUAUUAGAGUCGUUCUUUGUUCUUGACACUUCAGUUCCUGAAACCCUCGCACUUAGAGUCAUAAGACUUUUAGGCAAAUUCUCCUAGACAAUUGAGUGUGUGUCAUUUCGUGCAUGGGGCCUUACUUUCAAAAGUAAUUUGAUGGAAUGGAUGCACAAAACAUAUUCAAACAAAAUUAUGUUUGAGCAACAUGUUGGAUUGGAGAGGUUCAAGGUUAAGCGAAAUGUCCUCGAAUGUAAGCCGGAGAAAGGGAAAGCAAUAUGUCCCAUAUCUUCAAUAUGAUUGAAUAUUUUCAAAACUUAGAAGAAACUGGGUUUCCCUAUUCUACAACUGUGUAUUGAUAUGCUCAUUAAUUCGUUGCCAAAAGGGUUCAAAAACUUUGGAUUGAACUUUUACUUGCAACAGGAGUUGCAUGGGAUGUUAAUUGAGGCUAAGAGAAACAUCCCUAACGAGCCGAGAAAGGAACAUAAGGAUGUUUUUAUGGUUUGUUAAGGUAAACCAUUCAAGAAAACUUGGUUGUGGGCAAAAAAGACAAAGGCAAGAAAUUGUCGUUUCAAACUUUUAAAAAGCCAACACCCACUCUUGAAACAAAAACAAAAAUAGGUGUUGAGCACAAGUGUUACUACUGUAACAAGGUUUGUCACUAGAAGAGAAUAUCUUGGGAUAAAAAGAAGGGCGCUUCUAUUUUUAAUUAUAUAUUUCCUCAAUUUAAAAAUACUUGCACACUUCUCUAAGGCACGCUUGCCAACACAUAACUUUAAUUCUUAAUAUCUUGUUCCCUGCAUGUAAAAAUUAUACAAAGUUGAUAUUGUGAAAGUAUAUAUAGAGACGAAUCUAAUAUGAUCUCACAUGAAUAUAAUUUUCCUCAUGGCAAAAACACAACAAUCAAAUGAGAGUUUGUGAAUAAUGUAAAAGUCAAACUGUGUCAUCUAUUAUGAAACGAAGGAGGUAUAUGUUAUAGAAGUUAACUUAGUAACAUAUGCUUCUUGGGUAUUUGAUACCGUUUGUGGUUCUCACAUUAUUUGUAAUGUGCGCAAACUAAGAAGUAGAGCAUUAGCAAAAGGAGAGGUGAAUCUCUGCUUUAGGAAUUGAGUAAGAGUUGUUCCAUUGGUAGUGGGAGUCUAUAUUCAGCUUUUACCUUCAGGAUCAGUUUUAGAACUUAUUAAUUAUUACUUCCUCGUUUUAUUACUUGUAUCAUUUGUUUUUGCAAAGGACCAAGGUGAGGAGAGAAAUUGAGAAAGAUAAAAAAAAAGGAAUCACAUGUGCUAGGACUUAGGAGAGAGAGAGAAUACAUUGCCAAAAAUAAAAAAGGUGCAAGUAAUAGAAAAUUGCCAAAAAUGAGAAACGACGCAAGUAAUAGAAAACGGAGAAAGUAUUAUGUUCAUGUCAUUACUAAGAACAUUGUUUCAAUUCCUGUUUUGGAUACUAAAGGAUUUUCAUUCAGCAUUAAGAAUAAUUGCUGUUUAUGCUUGAAUGAUAUGUACUAAAACUUGAAUUUUCUAUGUCACUUGAAUUAGUAAAAAUAUGAAACAUAUUAUUUAAAUACGCUUGAUAAUGAAUGAAAAACCUUUAGAAUCCAAAACAGGUUUGAAAACAAUGUUCUUAGCAAUGACAAGAACAUAAUAAUAAUUAUCAAGUUAUAAAACUAAUCUUGAAGGUAAAGGCAAAAGAUUUCCACUCUCAAUGCACCAUUGCCAACGCGUAGAUCCACAUCUCCUUUUGCUAAUGCUCUACUCCUUGAUCUAUGCACCUUACAAAUAGAACCACAAGCGGUAUCAAAUACCCAAGAAGCAGGAGUUACUAAGGUAACUUCAACAUAUAUAUGGUCACCAUAGUUUGAAUUUUGAAAAUGCGGUUUCAGUCGCUGUAUCACUCAAACAGAAUGGAUAUGUGCAUCACGGCCGCAUCACGGUUUUGCAUAAAAGAAUAAUUGGUGCCAACCCUUAUGUAGUUAGGAGAUCGACAUCAUGCGCCUACCUCACCGACCACUUUGCCAACCGCAACCCUAAAAUCAAACCAGGGAUCCACCCUCUGUCGUGAUGUCGUCCAGGUGCAAAAUCUUCUCAGCGUCACAUCACGUCUUUUUAAACAGAUGGUUUGUUGGUUUUCUUGUCUGUGCUUGGUUAGCGUACUUGUCAGGGUCCUCUUUGUUUAGAUAUGCACUCUUUUUCUUUCCAGGGAGGUGGUGGUGCAUUGCAGAUUUCGAAACUUGUGCAUAGGCUGCUUCAUAUCUCCUGCCUUGUUCUUUUGUCCAGAGCUUUGGCUUCUUUUGGUUCUUAAACCUGUUUGGUUUCUGUUGGUGUCUUGCUGUUCUAUGUGUCAUAUUCUGUUGACUGACUUCUGCCUGGCAACAUUUUCAGACAUUGGAAAAUUAAUGUAUGAAGGGGUGUACUAUUUGUCUGUAAUAAUUACGUAUAUAUCUUAAUCUUUUUAAGUAUAGUAAUUGGCAUGGCAAAUAAGUUAAAGUAUAGUAAUUGGCAUGGCAAAUAAGUUCAAAUUGAUAUUCAUCAACUUCCACUGAGCUAGGUUAAUUUAUUUUUCAUGAGCUAGGUUAAUUUAUUUUUCAUGAGCUAGGUUAAUUUAUUUUUCAUAUGAAUAUAACAAAGUGUACCUUUUGUGACCCCUUUGAGUAAUUCAAAACAAAAGAAUCCUGUCAAAAAAAAAAAAAACAAAUUUUUUUUUUCAAAUAAUAGCUCGAUUUGGGUUUCUAACUCUGUUA